AUGGAAGCCAACAGCAACUCGUUUAUACAGUCCAAUGGGCAGCAGCUAAAGGUCAUCCUCUUCCAUAUUCUGCAAGAGCAGAAGCAGAGCAGAAAACCUGUCGGACAGCCGGAAACAGUUCACAUCCUCAUGUUCUUUGCUAAAGCUGAGAAGAAUGACCUGCUUCAACAGCAACUUCGAGCCAACAUUAGGUCCAUGGUGAAGCAUGCAACUGGUCGGAUCAAGUACCAUUUCCUGGGCGACGCGAACAGCACCCGGAUCGCAGCCGACAUCCUGGAAAACGUGUUCGAUACAAUUCCGCACAGCGAGGAUCUAGUUAUACAGGUGCAGACAUACGAAGUCGAAUCGGUCGUCGCGAAAGUAGGACACGACGUAUGGCCUAUUCAGCAGUUGUUUAAAAGUUACCGAAAGAAAUACAAUCUCUUCAACGACAUAUUUUACUUCAUUCCGUUCGCCCUUCACAAGGUCAUUGACCUUGUCGAAGUCGAGUCGCAUGACAUCAAAGGUGGAUGCCGACCUGAGAUUAAUGACCGCAUUCCGAAAACUUUGAGAUAUAUCCAGGCGGCGGUAGCCGAGAGAAAUCUGAGAUAUUUAAUGCGAAAGUACUAUUUCACAAAAUCGCAUCUCGGCGACCAAGAAGUGGUGACGAUAUUGGGCAUGGAGUAUCCCGAACUGUUUCACACGCUGCCGUGCACGUGGAAUCGGCAGCUGUGCCGCAAGUAUGCGCGCUCCAUCACCAUGCCCUCGGCUUUAUUCGGACUGUUCAACCGAUGUGACGGAGCGGUGAACUUGUACCACGGCAACUGUCACACGCUAUUUCCACCCGAAGCUGAGUUGUAA